UAGCCAGAGGCAGAAGAAGAUUCUACAGCACGAAACGCGUCCCAAAAUGAGCGCUUCGCCGACAGCGUCGAGCCAGAUAGUCCGGGUCGACGACAACGUUUCCUUCCUCAACAGUGGCGGCCAAAACAUCGUCUGCAAGUCCUGGAGUGCUGACGCAGAGCCAAGGGCGCUCGUGUUCCUUGCCCACGGCUACGCCGAGCACUGCCACGACCCCAGCUACGACGCCCUGGCUCGGGCGCUGGUCGGACUCGGCUGCUACGUGUUCGCUCACGACCACGUCGGCCACGGGAAGAGCGAAGGGCCCCGGGCAACAGUGACGUCAGCUGACGUGUACGUGGAUGACAUCUUGAGUCACGUGGACACCGUCCGGGCCAAGUUCUCGGGCAAGCCUGUCUACCUCGUGGGCUAUUCUAUGGGUGGCCUCCUCGUCGUCCGAGCUGUCCAGCGCCGGCCCAAGGACUUCGCAGGCAUGGUGCUGCUGGCGCCGCUUCUGGGCGUUGAACAGGUCUCGUGGUUCAAGGCGAACCUGGUUCGCGUUCUGGGCCGUCUGCUGCCCAGCCUUCCCGUAGCCAAGACGGCCGUCGAGCUGGCGUGCCGGGACCCCGCCGCCAUCAAGCAGAUGAACGACGACCCCCUGCGCUACCGCGGCAACGUGAGUGCGGGCUGGGCAGCCGCCAUCUUCAGUGCGCUCGAGGCCGCCCACGCCCAGGUCAACGUUCUGGAGCUGCCAAUUUUCAUCCAGCACGGCUCCGGUGACAAGCUGUGCGACCCCGACGCCUCAUUUGGUUUCUUCAAGAAUGCUCCCAGCAAGGACAAGAGUAUCAAGAUCUACAGCGACGCGUAUCACAGCCUGCUGAAGGAACCCGAAGGUGUCGGGCAGCAAGCCCUGAAGGACAUCGUGAACUGGUGCUCUUCGAGGAUUCCCACCGAGGACACACCGACAGCGCAACCGCACUUGUCCGGCGAACAGCAGAGUCACGCAGCAACUCUCACAGCAAUGCUUUCAAAUGCAUAAACGCCGCUUCAGAAGAAAAACCGAGUCGUUCACUGUGACUGAAUUUGAAAAUGCAGUAAACUCUCUUUAGUCAAGAUGGGAUCCUAUAGAUGGACGGCCAUCGGUCGGCCCGUCUCAGGCAGAAAGGCCGACGUCUCGAUUAGUUGGACCUAUUUUUUUUUUUUUGUCAAGAGGCGGCCUUAUCCCUGCUUGUGCAGUUUCUAAACUCAUAUCAAGUACUUGUUCACAAACCCAGCCCUCCGUAGGUUUUGCUAACAGAAAAGGUCGUCCCACAAGUUCACAAUUUCUUUAUCGCACGAAGGACAUACAUUGGACAUGAAAUAAAGGUGGGACUUGUAAGACUUG